GGUCUUGAAUCUAUGCCCAUCUGUCCAGUAAAGUAUGGAUCUUCAUCAACGCGACUCAGCAGGCUCGAAUCGUUCCUCACAUAAGGGAAGGCGGGGGUUUCCGCGUUGAAAGAGCGAAGUGGGCGGUUGUCGGAGCCGUGUGCGUAUAGACGCUUGGCCUUCCCCAUAUAUGAGGCGCGUGUGGUGCGGGGGAUGUACGUGGGGUUGUCGGGCAAGUUAAGGUGGCGUGAGACCCAGGUAUUUUCGAUUGUUGUUGACAGUUCACUCAUAUUUACAAUACAUCCAUUUCAGACUUCACUCCAUGUCAAAUCACUCAACUGUUGCAGCCUUUUCCACGCCAAUCACACGAGUAGAUGCAGAAUCCGACGUUCCCAAGUGGCAAGAGAUGGACGCAUCAAACCCAAACCAUGUGCUGCUAGACGAUGUUUCGGGAUCGAAGGUCGUUAGUGGAUUAGAGUUCCACUUACUUUUAUUUGCUGUCAGGCCCAUGGAUGAUAGCAUAUCCACCCGGUCGAUCAGACGAGUUGGUGCGUCUAGCAGAUUCCAUGCAUUACGCGAUUCAGUAUGGCGUGGCCUCGUCGGUGAUGCGGGUCGCUGCUUGACGGCUUACUCAAAGUCGGUGUCUGGCCUCGUCCAGCGCACCAAGCCGCCGAUUUCCGCCAUAGCUUCUUCUCGUCGUGACUUCGCGUCCACGAAUCACAAGGCGAGUAUUACAGUGAUGGUAGCGGUUCCGAAAGCGGGGUCUAGAGGGCCCACAUGCCAAUCGAGGUCGUCAUGCCAUCGCGCGUGGCGGCGACAGAAAUGCUGGCCUUUGACGAAAGUGUCUGAUGGAGCGCGACGAGGUGCACCAAUGAGACGUCGUGCCACUAGCAGCACCGAGAAUUGCGGCCGCGUCCUUGGGUGAAGUCACGAUAGUGGGGCGGAGCUUCUCGUGAUGCUAGGCAGGAUGGAGCUAACAGAUG